GGUAGGUAAUAACUUUGUAAGUUUGUUAUUUGUCGGCAAAUACAGGCAUACAGGAUAUCGACAUGGUCCCUACGAAUGGAUGAAACACUAACCACCAGCUAAAGGAAUCGAAUAUCUACAUAUAAAUGUCUAUCAGGUAGGCUAUUUAUAUUCAACUGUGAAAAGUGUGUGUUGAUGUGGACAACGAAUCCAGUUCCACAUGGAACACAGGAGUGACAGGGAACUAACAUCAUAACAAGACAUUAUUGAAUCACAUGUGUUCCACGUAAUAUCUAUACAACAGAUAAAUCAAUAUGGAUUACUUGCAAAGAGGAACCAACGGCAUGCAGAGAAACAUUUCUCAAUUGCCAGCAAAGAUCACGCAAGAAAUUGAAAGAAGUUUGGACAACAACCCAGAGACUUGCAGCUGGCGUGCCUUUCUUAAGAUUGCAUCAACUUUACGGGAUGAUUACGAAUUCAGCCAAACAGAUAUAGAGAACAAGUUUGGACGGUUUGUGUUUGGUGAUGGUAGUCCUACCAAUAGGAUAAUUUCUGAACUUGGUGCUCGGGGCAUGGUUGUGGCUGAACUCAUCCACGUGCUAGAUCAACUCAAACUGGAAAACCUUCUGAUAGAUAUGAAGCCAUAUGAGGAGAUUCAAAUCGUUCGCCAUCCCGCAGACACAAAACAGCUGCAUGAGGGAGACAAACUAGAGCUGCAUGUGGAGGCGGUUGGGUUUCCAUACCCUCGCUACCAGUGGUUCAAACUCAACGGCAACGACUAUGACGAGAUUGAAGGGGCUAAGGAUUCUACAUUCAAAAUUAACAGAACAUGUUUUGAUGACAGUGGUACAUACUGUUGCCGUCUGUCCAAUGGAGGGGGUAGUGAUUUCUGCAAGUUUACACAGAUUUCCUCAGUCAAAGUGUACUACAGAGCCACAUCACCUACUGAAAUGUCCAUGCCUUCAGAAGUUGGUGGUGACAACAGUGAGCCUAGAAAACCGGUGUUGCCUCAAGUUUUGACUGAGCCGGAGGAUUUGUGUGUACAUCUGAGGGACAGAGCAGAACUCACCUGUGUGGGAAUAGGUCACAAACCUCUAAUGUAUGAAUGGCUGAGAAAUGGCAAGGUGAUCGAUAGUAAUAAGGAGGCAGGAAAAUUAAUGAUUCCUGAUGUCAGCAUUAAGCACCAGGGAACAUAUACCUGUGUGAUAAAGAACCAGUUUGGGAAAACUCACAGCAGAGAAGUGACUCUUAAUGUGAACCCAGAAGCUGUUGUUCGAGAUUACCGAUCUGAAGGAAUUGACAUCAUACUCAACCCGAAGACGUGCACUGUUGAAGUGGGAGGAAGUUGUCUAUUUUCAGUUGAGGCCAGGUGCAAAUAUCCUCUGACCUACAAGUGGUACAAAGAUCAUCAAACUAUAGGUUGUGAAGAGAAAGAUCUAAAGAUGUUCAACCUUCAGGACCAUAACAUGCAGGGGACCUACCAAUGUGUUGUAACGUGCCCGAACACCAAAGAAUCCGUCCUCUCUCAUCCUGCCUGUCUGUCUAUCAAGUCUCCUCCCAACCACAGCAAGUCAGAGUACAGAGCCACAGACAAGGUCGCAUUGCUGAUAGGAAAUUAUGACUAUAUGAACGAGACAACACUGAAAGCUCCUAUCCAUGAUGUUGCAAAGAUGGCUGAAGCUUUCAGAAGUCUGGAAUUCAAAGUGGUUUCAUUGUUAAACUUGACAAAACAGGAAAUGAAUGCAGCAAUUCAUGAGUAUUGUAAUCUACUUGGAAAAGGUGUGUAUGGCGUUUUCUAUUUUUGCGGUCACGGCUUCGAGGAGAACGGACAGUGUUACUUUGUUCCUCCUGAUGCAAGAAGUGGCUACACAAUAGAGGAUUGUAUUUCAUCAAACGAUGUCCUUAGGGCCAUGCAGAAGUCUGACCCAGCCUUAGUUACACUCAUCCUAGAUAUCUGUAGAAUCAGAAAUAAAAUCCCCAGCAAGCCUCCAUCAAAUACUGGAUGUGUCACUGGACGAGAGAGCCCCAGUGUGCCGGACCCUAAAGGCAACUGUGUAUCGAUCUAUGCUACGAGUGAGGGAAUGUUUGCUUAUGAAGACCACGAACAUGGAAUUUUGGUGAAAUAUCUUCAAAAGUUCAUCUAUCAAAACAAACCAGUCAGCUAUUUCUUUAAUGAUGUCAUUGACGCCUGGAAACAGGAUCCGCAGCACUGUAAGCUGCAGAAGCCAGAGAUCAGGUCUACUUUGCUGGACUGGGGAAGGUCAUUGUCGGACCGAAUACUGACCAAGGGUUACACACAAGCCUACAACACCCGAAAACAGAUGUGGCUAAAAGCUCACGACACUCCAAAGCCGCAGGAAAUAAGAAUACCAGAGCUUGGAAACCUGGUGUUGGAGCUUACAUUCCAGAUGGAAUUCUCAAAUGUGCUUCACUUGUUUGCCACCAUCAAGAACCCAGGGAAUACAUGCAGAUCUAUAGCAUUUCCUUAUGACUGGCCAAAAAGUAUAUCCAUGAUGGGAGACAUUAAAAAUGUGUCGGACACGUCAAUCACUCGCAGCGCAUCAGACACCCCGAAGCAAAGGGCCAUAACCAAGUCAACCUUUCAAGACCUACAGAAACUUCGGGACAACUUGGAGUUAAAAAUUGUUGUUAAGUACUGCUUGGCGGAUGAGAUGGACAAGCACUUUAUGACACAAAAAAUAAACCUUGGUCUACCACUCAUCGCCAAUCUGCACCUUUACAAGAGAGUCACAGAACCCAUAGAGCACAUUGACGAAUCCUAGUCGCCAAGUCAACGGAUAGAAUGUGUAGAUUGACUGAACCCAUAGAGCACUAGUCACCAUGUCACCUAUUGAAUGCAUGGAGUCAGGGAACUGACAGACACAUAGAGGAAUCUUAGUCUCUAAGUCAACCAGAAGAUUGCAUAGAGUCACAGAACCCAUAGAAACAUAAAGGAAUCUUAGUCUCUAAGUCAACCAGAAGAUUACAUAGAGUCACAGAACCCAUAGAGAACAUAGAGGAAUCUUAGUCUCUAAGUCAACCAGAAGAUCGCAUAGAGUCACAGAACCUAUAGAUAACAAAGAGUAAUCUUAGUCUCUAAGUCAACCAGAAGAUAGCAUAGAGUCACAGAACCCAUAGAAAACAUAAAGGAAUCUUAGUCUCUAAGUCAACCAGAAGAUAGCAUAGAGUCACAGAACCUAUAGAUAACAAAGAGUAAUCUUAGUCUCUAAGUCAACCAGAAGAUCGCAUAGAGUCACAGAACCCAUAGAGAACAUGAGGAAUCUUUGUCUCUAAGUCAACUGAUCGAAGGCUUAGUCACAGAACCUAUAGAUAACAUAGAGGAAUCUUUGUCUCUAAGUCAACUGAUCGAAGGCUUAGUCACAGAACCCAUAGAGAACAUAGAGGAAUCUUAGUCUCUAAGUCAACUGAUCGAAGGCUUAGUCACAGAACCCAUAGAGAACAUAGAGGAAUCUUAGUCUCUAAGUCAACUGAUCGAAGGCUUAGUCACAGAACCCAUAGAGAACAUAGAGGAAUCUUAGUCUCUAAGUCAACUGAUCGAAGGCUUAGUCACAGAACCCAUAGAGAACAUAGAGGAAUCUUAGUCUCUAAGUCAACUGAUCGAAGGCUUAGUCACAGAACCCAUAGAGAACAUAGAGGAAUCUUAGUCUCUAAGUCAACUGAUCGAAGGCUUAGUCACAGAACCCAUAGAGAACAUAGAGGAAUCUUAGUCUCUAAGUCAACUGAUCGAAGGCUUAGUCACAGAACCCAUAGAGAACAUAGAGGAAUCUUAGUCUCUAAGUCAACUGAUCGAAGGCUUAGUCACAGAACCCAUAGAACACAUUGAUGAAUCCUAGUCGCCACAUCAACCAGAAGGAUGCGAUUGUUACAGCACCCACACAGCACAUAAAGCUAUAUCCUAGUCUCCAUGUAAAAUGAUAGAAAGAUAAGUCUUUACCUCCAUAUAAACUAAUGGAAAACGUCAACAGCCUUUUAUAUCAAUGAAAACAAAACUAAUUCAAAGAUGAGCCUUUGUUUCAAUUAAAAAAGUCAUACUCAACGUAGAACAGUUUCAGCCUAUACAUUGACACAUAAAACACACAUCAUUCUAUAGAAAUGUAUUUAGCAUAUUGUACAAACAUAAUCACUUAAGAAGAAGAAUUAGCAUAAAUUCAAAGCAAUUCAUAUGCAUGCAACACAAAGACCAUACAAUCCCUAGAAUAAAUUAAAAGUGAUAUACAAAUCAAACUGAACUAGCUAUAAUGUAUACAGCAAAAAUAAUAUACGAACCAAUACAACACAAUGAAAUACCAUACAGACAGGAACAGAACAAAUACAUUACCUAGUACAUUGUAUACAGAACAAAUACAUUACUUAUAGUACAUUGUAUACAGAACAAAUACAUUACCUAUAGUACAUUGUAUACAGAACAAAUACAUUACCUAGUUUAUUGUAUACAGAACAAAUACAUUACCUAGUACAUUGUAUACAGAACAAAUACAGUAUUGAAUUCUGUACAUAGCCAAAGAACAAAGCUAUCACUUUAGCUACUAUACAAUCCCAUACAGUUCGUCAAUUUAUAUUAGCUUUGACAUAUACGGUAGUUUGAGUUUUACCAAUCAAACCACAAAUAUUUGAUGGAAUGGAACGGAAUUUACAAGAAACUGAACACUUGACAUUCAGAACAGUUGGCUUGAACAAUAUCAUAUUCAACGUAAGAUAAUGGAAGAAUAGGACCAGACAAGUUUAAUGAAAGGAACAACCUGACAAAUGAACAUGUGAAUUGCAUGGAGGAUUCCAAUCAAUGUUGGAGACUUGUAAUAUUAACUUUACAUGCUUGUUCAUAUGCAGUAUAUCAAUCUUUGAAAUGUUGAAUAAUUUUAAUGGAAAGAUAGAUGAAUAUAGACAGUAGGUCUAUAAUCUAGAAAGUAGGUCUAUAAUCUAGACAGUAGGUCCAUCAUCUAGACAGGAGGUCUAUCAUCUAGACAGGAGGUCUAUCAUCUAGACAGUAAGGUCUAAAAUUUUGAGAAGAAAACUUAUUUUUAUUUUUAUAAUAACAUUUUUUUUUAAGAUUUAUUGGUUACUAUUUUCUAAUUUAAUCAAACAUCCCUACAACUUAAUAGAUAUGGGCUUGAAAUAUGGAAUUAAUGCGUCUUUGAAAUUAAAUAU